CUUGUUCAGACGUUACCUGCCUUAUCUAAGUCGUAGUAUGAAUGUUAACGUUUGUUGCAUAGGAAACCCAAAAAACCUCGUAUGUAUCUCAAUUUUUGUAAAAUUUAAAACGAAAUUUAGUGUUUUGUGUUCGAAAGUACGGCCACUGAUAAUUUGAUUUUAAAAUUUUACUACGAAAACUUUCAACUUCAAAAUAUCAAACAAGCCGUAGGUAAAUAUGAAGAACAAAUCUUUCCCACUUUAGGACCGAACAAUUAAUACAUCCAUUGAUGUUUGGAUUAGGCUAAUAUGCCCGCGCUUUGGCAGGCUUCUCAGCGACCCAUGUACAUCAGAACAGUGUGGAUAGACGGAUUCCGACACGCGAUCCUCACCCACGACGACCCACAUUACAUUGAACUAAACUCAAAAAGACGCAGACCUCAUUCAUCAGCCAGUUUCAAUCCCAAACGCAAAUCACAAGGAUCACGUCUAAGUCAUCGAAGUGAUUGCAAUAACUUACGAAAUCUAGACCUAGUCAUCAGAAGCGAUAAAAUAAGAAUCUCACACGAAACAGAUAUAGAAAAACUAAAUUUCGCUGAAAUCGAAACUGAAGACGAAUCCAUAUUAUCAACCUCUCCCUUGCCCGUUUGUGAUUUCGAAAAUUUAAAAUCGAAAUUCGAAUCUAUAGACAUGAGGGUUGUGAAAAGUAAUAGAACAGCAAGAAUAGACGUAAGAGAAAAUAAUGAUCUAUCCGAUCGAGUACUCCAAUGGCUCGAUUUAGCUGGUAAAGUCGAUUUACUAGCAAACGAAAAUGCAGAACGCAUAUCACAGCCGAGGCACAGCUGGCCGGAAAUACAAAAGCGGAAUUUGGGUAAGUCCCGUACCGUGACCGAUCUGAGAGUGAGGGAGUGCAAAUUAACGGCGAGCGAUUCUAAAACGAAUGAUACGAUCGAUCGAGAGGAGGUUUACAUGCCAACAUCGGCUACCACGAUCGAAAAUUACGCGCGACAGUCACGUAACAGGACAACGUCACGUGAUAGUCACGCGAAAAUAAAAGAAAACAAAAAGGUCAAAGACAUACGACAAAACGUCGCUGAAGCGAGACAGAAAAUGAUAGCUGAAAGGAGCGCGAUGGAGAAACAAUAUGCCGAGUUAGUCAACAAGAAGAUUAUACCAAAUUUAGCUAAAACUAAGAAGCAAGUUCAUAUCUUCAUGCCAGAAGCGAUACCAAAUAAAGUUGCGAGUAAUACAACUGGCAGUUUGCUAUCACAUAAAUCUAAAUCUUAACCCUUGUUGAUUCAUUUCAAAUUAAAAUACAAGCCACCAACAA